CGAAUAUUUUUAAUUGAUUAUACUUUUAUCACUAGAUAUUUUUCAGAUAAAAAAUGAAAGAAAUGCAGGAACCUGGAUGGUGGCACACUCUGCAACAUCCCAUCGUCUUCCUCAAAGCUUCCUCAAUCUUGAGUUCCUUUUUGUCCAGCUGUAAUUUGAUUGUUUAGGCUCUUCCUAUUCAUGGAAAAAAGAUUGUGUACAAGGAAUACAUUGAUUCAAUAUUGAGCUGAUAGGGGGAGAGAGAGGCAAGCAAAGGGGAAGUUGAGUUGUUUCAUGGGCAAUACAUGUCGUGGAUCAUCUGGAGGCAAACCUUUUCAAGGCUACAACGUGCCUGAAGACCAGUCCAACUCCAAGCGCAAAGGAUCAUCAGCCGGCUCGAUUUCUUCUGACAACAACUCCCCGACUACCCUGACUUCCCAACAACCUGCCGAUCAAGAAUUCUCCAAAGAAGCCCAGCCAAACCACAAAAAGGAAGCCAAUCCACCCCUCAUAAGCCCUAGGAAAGAUAGCAUCAUGAAUCGCGGUGCCACCAACCAGCCUUACUUUGUCUUGGGUCACAAGACCGAAAAUAUCCGCGAUAUUUAUACUCUAGGCCGUAAGUUAGGACAAGGCCAGUUUGGUACUACUUUUCUGUGCACUGAGAACUCCACUGGCAUUGAAUAUGCUUGUAAAUCCAUAUCAAAGAGGAAAUUGAUUGCCAAAGAAGACGUGGAGGAUGUUAGGCGGGAAAUCCAGAUUAUGCACCAUCUGGCUGGUCACAAGAAUAUAGUCACCAUUAAGGGGGCAUAUGAGGACACUUUGUAUGUUCAUAUUGUCAUGGAGCUCUGUGCAGGAGGCGAACUGUUUGACCGCAUUAUUCAAAGGGGCCACUACAGUGAGAGAAAGGCAGCCCAGUUGACUAAGAUCAUUGUUGGAGUUGUUGAGGCAUGCCAUUCACUUGGGGUGAUGCAUAGAGAUCUUAAACCAGAGAACUUUUUAUUGGUCAACAAGGACGAUGAUUUCUCUCUGAAAGCUAUUGAUUUUGGCCUCUCAGUUUUUUUCAAGCCAGGUCAGAUUUUCACGGAUGUUGUUGGAAGCCCAUAUUAUGUCGCACCUGAGGUUCUUUUGAAGCAAUAUGGCUUCGAGGCAGAUGUCUGGACAGCAGGAGUUAUCCUUUAUAUAUUGUUAAGUGGUGUUCCCCCCUUUUGGGCUGAAACUCAACAGGGAAUAUUUGAUGCGGUUUUGAGGGGGUACAUUGAUUUUGAUUCUGAUCCAUGGCCGCUGAUAUCAGAAAGUGCUAAGGAUCUUAUACGUAAGAUGUUAUGCAUGAAGCCUUCAGAGCGGUUGACUGCUCACGAAGUACUGUGCCAUCCUUGGAUUUGUGAAAAUGGUGUUGCCCCUGAUAGGGCCCUGGAUCCUGCUGUGCUUUCUCGUCUGAAACAGUUCUCUGCAAUGAAUAAGUUGAAGAAAAUGGCUCUACGGGUUAUAGCUGAAAGUUUGUCAGAAGAAGAGAUUGCUGGCUUAAAAGAGAUGUUUGCUGCUAUGGACACUGAUAAUAGUGGAGCAAUCACAUUUGAUGAACUCAAAGCUGGAUUAAGAAAAUAUGGAUCAACCUUAAAGGACACAGAAAUAAGAGAUCUUAUGGAUGCAGCUGAUGUAGACAAUAGUGGAACCAUCGACUAUGGAGAGUUUAUAGCAGCUACAAUUCACUUGAAUAAACUUGAACGUGAAGAACAUCUUUUGGCUGCAUUCCAAUAUUUCGACAAGGAUGGAAGUGGUUAUAUCACGGUUGAUGAGCUUCAGCAAGCCUGCGUAGAGCACAAUAUGACUGAUGUUUUCAUUGAAGAUAUAAUCAAAGAAGUUGAUCAAGAUAAUGAUGGAAGGAUCGAUUAUGGAGAAUUUGUUGCUAUGAUGACCAAGGGGAAUGGUGGCAUUGGAAGGCGAACCAUGCGAAACAGCUUAAACAUAAGCAUGAGGGAUGCCCCUGGAGCUGUCUAGUUUCCAUUUCAGCAUGUUACAGGUCUACAUGGAAUCCUUGCCAGCCUUGCAUGUUGUUCGAUUGUGGAUGUAGAUGACAGAGAACGAUCUCCUUCUGUAGCCGUAACAUUUUGGAAGUGCUAAUUUGGCAUCAUUUGAUAACUUACCAGAGGAUGUGUUGCUGUGUGCCCGGUGAGGCUGUUUGUAAACUUGUCUGUAUCUUUGAAUGUAGAAUGCUGUUAAGUUAUUUUUUCUUCUUUUUCUUGAAUUUGAUUGUGAGAUCAAGUGUUGGAAACCAAUGUUGUAAUAUUUUUUCCCUUCAAAUUCUUCCCCUUCAUAUUCUCA